AUGCUGCAGCUUCUUAUCGCCGUCGCCUUCUCGGCGGCUCCGCUGACCCUGUACUUGCCGCCAGUCAGGAGCCUCAACCCAUUCGUGGAGGUCCUGGAGGCAUUCCUCGGCCAGUUUUCUCUCCAAACGCAUAGAAUCUACCCGCGCCUCCGCAUUGGCUUCUCUCGGAUUGUGGCCUUCUGGAACGGCGGCCGAAGUUAA